UGAAAUCCCUACAAUUGUUUUACGUCAAGUGCCCUACGAAAUAAAUCGUACUGUGCCAUUCUCUUUGCUCUCUGCUCUCCCGGCUUGCAGUUGGCGGGUUUCCUUAAUGUGACAAGUUGUCAGAGUAGCUUUUUAACUAGUUGACUAUAUAGAAUGAAUGCGGAACUAAAGAGAAAUUUAGAAUUAUUGGGGUUUAGCCCAGGUGAUUACGAAAAUUGUGACGAAUUUCAUCUCUUGCUAGAUGUAUUAUCAAAUAUAGAUUCUGGAAACAUUUUGACACGCGAAGAAGUGGAAUGUUUGGAAUAUGCAGAAGCUGUUGGAUUAGAAGAUGGGGAUGUUGCAAAAACAAUGCAAGAAAAUGGCAUAAAUGAAGAUGUCUUGGAUAUUGAUGAAACAGCUAUUGAAAAUCUUCAGAAGAAGUUGAGAUCUCUAGAAUCUUAUGUGUGGGAUAACUCAGUUGAUCAUCUAAGACAACAACGUGGUGCACUGAUUAAGACACAAAAAGAACUUAAAGAGAAAUUAGGUGCUGUUGAGGUAAAGGCUCAUAUCAGAAAAGGGGAAGAUAAAUGGAGACAGAAUUGGUUAGAGUUACAACUACUCUUUCAGGAAUUGAAUUCAAUAAACAGCAAUGAAGAUUAUGACUUUCCAUUUUCUGAAAAAGAUCUGAAUGGAUUUGUGGAGCUUGUUACACAACACGUGAAGACAACCUGUAACUGGAUUGGAGGAAGCACAUGUGGGGAGCUGCAAGAAAACAGAGAAUCAAGUGUUGCUGUUAAUAAUUAUGAUGCAGAAUCAGAUAUGUUGAUGCAGCUAGUAAUUGUGAAGCCUAGAUUGAAUCGUGCUCAGUACAGUAGUCUUCAGGGUAAAGAGAAUGAACACAUUGGACAUAACGAAAAACUGCUGAGGAUAGUGGAGCUUCAACUACAAGAUAUCUUGAGCAACCCAGUUAACGAAGACCUGGAUACAAAGAAAUUGGAGUCAUACUAUUCUGAUAUUUUAAAUUUAUCUGAUAAGCAAACAAAGCUUGAAAUUAAAGAAAAAGGAAUAUUGCACGUUCUUGAGUGCAUCAAAGCACAUCGAGAGACUUGCGUAGCUGCUUCUAAGACGUGUAUUGAUAUUCUUCAGAAACUGCAAGUUCUUGUGGACCUUAUGUAUGUUGUGAAAGUUCUUUGGGAUCAACCACGUGAUGCUGUACAUCAGUCACUAGUAUAUUGUUAUGAGUAUUUUCACCAAGAAAUGUCAAACAUGAAAGCGAGAAUUACAAGUCUUGAGGAACACAAGAAGAAAUUUGAAAUGCCAUUAGUUGAAAAAAAUGUACAUCCUCAAAUGCUACAGAUAUUGGCUAAGAAAUACUUUCCUACAGAGGAACAAAGUUUGCAAGAUUUCAUUACCAAAUAUGAAUAUGAGCUGGAUUUAACUAUUAGUGAGAAGAAAAAAAUUUUAAUUGGCAGUAAAGUGCAACUAUUAGAAAUUGAAAAAGAUAUAUCCAGAAUUGAGGAAGAUCUAGAUUUCAAUAUGGAGAAAUUGUCUCCAGUCUCAUUGGGAUUUACUGCAUCACUUGAAACAUUGCAGACCAGAAAAGAUGAGAGGGAAGAUUUAAAUACUUCAAUUGCCCUAAGUCCUAGGGAAUGGAGGCGGCGAUUGCUUUGGGUGUACUUUCUGACUGACCCAAAGAAACUUCAAGAUAUGAAAGAGGAGUUAGAAGGACGGGCUGGAAACAUUUCACCUAGCCCUCCUUCUUUUGUCAACAAUUUGCCACGUUUUGCGUCCACCCCCAAGGCUGAAGAUUAACUUGUUUCGAAUAUUUUUAGAAUUUUUUUGUCUCACUCAUUCCAAUAAAAUUUGUAAUGUAAUGAAAGUUUGUAUGAUAAAUGUAAUAAAAAUAUGUUGUGUGAUCUGUAAUACACUGUCUCUGCCGGAAGGAUGGGAAGGGACACGUCCAACUCCAUAUUUUCAAAGUUCAUGUCAUAGUAUUAUUUUUCUCUUUUUUUUCUAUAGACUUUCAGUAGAACUUUAUAACAAUGAUAUUUAUUUAUUAUAUAACAUUCAGACUGAUACAAUAAAAUUGCAUACACAAAAACUUUGUUCUUUAAUUUUACAAAGUUGAAAAUGCACUGUGAAAGUUAAAAAGGCAUACAUGUUAAAAAAGUUAAAAAUGCAAGUCGUAUUAUGAAGAUGCCUCCAACCUGGUGGGUAGAUGUUGGUUUACCCCCUUAACAUCUAAUGAUGAUUUCAAAUAAACACAUUGCUUGCUACUAUAACUCUCUGACCACUAUUGCUGCAGCAAUCGCAUCCUUAGCUGCCAUUCUUGUUUAGUAAUUUUAACUUAAUUUUUGUAGUGUGGUACUGAAUUCAUGAAUAAAUGCAACAUAAUCUGACCUUUUCUUAAUAUAUCACAUGCACAUCAAUGAAUCAUCUUUGAAAAAAAAAUUGGUUGUGAUGGAAAUGAAAAUUCUGAGGUUCUAGGAUUUAAAAACAGUAGUGUUAAUUAUCUAGGCUAAUCAAUGCCAACCCGAUAAUCAUUGCAAAUUCUACACUGUAAUAUUGGAUGUAGGAACAAAUUAAGAGGAAAGAAUCGAACAAUUUCAAGGAAAAAGUGAACCAACGUGUGCACACCUUAUAAAUGUAGAUUUAAAGAACUCAGUUUCAGAAUCUGAACUACAAAAACAGUGAUUAAGUAUUAAAAGAUUGUAAAUAAAGUAAAUUUUUUAUUUUUAAUGUUCUAUGGUUGAGAAACACCAGGAUGUUCAUUGUAUAAAAUUAUAAAAUAAAUCCUUAAGUUUUGUAAUCCUUUUAUUUUCAACUCUGA